CCUUCCGUUCCGAAAAUGGCGGGUGCUGGAGGUGGUAUGUUGGGUUCCUGCUCGUGUAAGAUCGGCCCGUCCAUCCUCAACGCCGACCUGUCCAACCUGGCGUCCGAGGCGCGCCGUCUCAUGGACUGUGGGGCCGACUACCUGCACCUGGAUGUCAUGGACGGACAUUUUGUACCCAACAUGACAUUUGGACACCCAGUGGUCAAGUCCCUGAGGCAGCACUCAGAUGCCUUCUUUGAUAUGCACAUGAUGGUGGCUGGGCCAGAACAGUGGAUUGAAGGAAUGAGAGACGCUGGAGCAAACCUGUUCACGUUCCAUGUGGAGGCUACAGACGACGUGAAGGGCUGUAUCAGGAAAGUGAAGGAGGCAGGCAUGCAGGUUGGUAUUGGCCUGAAACCCAAGACACCUGUGGACGUGGUGUUCCCCUAUGUGGAGGAUGUGGACAUGGUGCUGGUGAUGACUGUGGAGCCGGGCUUCGGGGGUCAGAAGUUCAUGGCUGACAUGAUGCCAAAGGUUCAGGCCCUGCGUGCCAAGUACAAGUCGUUGGACAUCGAGGUGGAUGGAGGAGUAGGACCCAGUACCAUCGACCUUGCAGCAGAGGCUGGUGCCAACAUGAUUGUGUCUGGGACAGCAGUUGUUAGGAGCGACAACCCGCGUGAGGUCAUCGGCCAACUCCGAGGCAAGGUGGACGAGGCAAUACAGAAGGCCAACCUGGAGAGAUGAUGACAUCACACUCUAGGUGGGGAGGGGGGUGAACAGGAGAAAACUAAAGUAGACAAAACAGUUACUACUUUGGGCCAUACCAAUUUAUUUGCUUGGCCCACCUCGGACAGUUUAACUGAAAUCAGAGCACUUCGUGGAAAACUUGCAUCUGGCUAGCCUAUAGCUACCUGUAGUGUGUAGACCAAAUGACACUGCAUUAAAAAUUUCAUUUACAAUAAAACUGUAAUGAUGUGCAAAAAUAUAUUUUACAGACUGUUGUAGAGAAAAAAUACUGAUUCCCAUAUUUUUAAAAUAUAGGUCACUCUUCUAUAUCUAUUGUUGACGCUCAUCCCUCCCCAGUUGCUAGGUAAUGGCAUGGUCACAUUCAUUGUAGGCUGUCCUACAAUUUUAAUGUAGAAAUUUUCAAGCAGACUGCCCUCGGUUUGUGAUCAUUUGAUGAUCGCACAAAGUGUGUGACUGUGCCCUAAGAGGUAAGAGUCAAGCAAUGUGGUCACAUUCCUAGUAGACGGAUGUUUUUGACAGAGAAUUUUCAACAAUGCAAUGACUCGCCAUCAACCAUCAACAAGAUCAAACUAAAGCAGCGUUUUUUCAGUCGGAUUCUAUAUAUCCCAUGAUCCAUGAUUGUCCGCAAAAUGCCCUCUGACAGUUUUCUGUUGUAAACCUAUCGUAGAGUGAGUAUGACAAACUCUUACCCCUUAUAAGAUGAUGACUUAACCUAGCAAACACAAUAUAACUGUAAACCCUUUGUACGACACAUAUGUCGGCAUUGUACGUAGUCAAGUUGUUUGUUUGUGCCUCCAGGCCAAGAACCAGGGCACAACAUGUACAAACAAUACAUUACGUGAGAAAUACGUGCUGCAAAUGUUGACACUGCAAUUAUGGUGGCAGCCUACUGUAAAUUACCAUGUGUGCUCUGUGGCACCUGCUUAACUCUGAUGUUCAAAACAUGAGAUGGAUAUCUUGUUUUCACUUCAAACUGUUGACAGUGGGAAGGUUACACUAGGAAAAGCCAUGGCUCAACAAAUCUUGCGAUUCUCAGCAAAGCAAAAGAGAGGACUUUUAUAUAUUAUGAUUAUAUAUUCUUAAUGUAUCUUAUGGAAUAUUCAGCUAUAUUUUGAAUUAUGCAUUGGUAAGUUUUCACUAUCAAACUUUUCAAAGCAGUCUGCUUAUGCACACAAUAUAAGACAGGUAAAACAUAGCCUGUUCUCUGUGUCAUGAUCGCUCAUCAGUU